AUGACCGGUCUAUCUGACAAUGUUAUCAGAACCAUACAGAAUGCUAGAGUUUCGUCGACUAGGUCACUCUAUGAAUGCAAAUGGGGCGUGUUUGAGUGCUGGUGCGCGGCUAAGCACGAGAUUCCCUUUCAGUGUUCAGUGGCAGUUGUUCUAUCAUUCUUACAGGAUUUGAUAGACCAAGGGAAAGCAUUUUCAACCAUAAAAGUGUAUUUGGCCGCUAUUUCUGCUUGUCACAUAGGGUUUGAUAAUAAAACCGUUGGGCAGUAUCCUCUAGUAUGCAGGUUCAUGAAGGGGGCGCGUCGCGCUUUACCAGUUUCAAAACCGCUUUCCCCUUCAUGGGAUUUAGCACUGGUACUUGAAGCUCUUUCAAUGUCCCCAUUUGAGCCACUGGACGAGAUCGAUUUGAAAAUAUUGUCGUUUAAGACGGCGCUGCUGUUAGCCUUGGCUUCGGCGAAGCGCGUAAGUGAGAUUCACGCACUUUCGGUGCAUUCAGCAUGUACACAGUUCAUGCCCGAGGAUGCAGGGGUGGUUUUGAGACCUAAUCCUGCAUUUAUGCCCAAAAUAGUUAAUUCUAUCACUCCUUUGGAGUUAAGAGCUUUCUAUUCACCACCUUUUGCUUCUUCAAAACAGCAAAAGCUAAAUGAGUUGUGCCCAGUGCGUGCUUUACGCAUUUACAUCGAAAGAACCAAAGGGUUUCGGGAGUGUGAUCAGCUGUUCGUAUCUUGGGUGAAACCACGUAAAGGGAAGCCAAUUACUAAGCAGCGUUUGUCGCACUGGAUAGUGGAGGCGAUUUCACUGGCAUAUUCCAGUAAGGGUCAUGAGCCCCCAGCUGGUUUACGCGCACACUCAACAAGGGGAAUGUCAACUUCGUGGGCUCUUUUUAAAGGAGUCACGAUACAGGAUAUUUGCGAAGCGGCGAGUUGGUCCUCGCCGCAUACAUUUGCUAGGUUUUAUAAACUGGAUGUUACAGCUCAGACUUUAGCACAUGCGGUAUUGAGCGUUGGAGUUGAGUCAUGA